GGCUCCUUCCUCCUCCUCCUCGCCCUCCGAGCAGGACCGAGCCCAGCUCUGCUCCCCAGCUCUGCCCCGGUGGAUGCGGGCUGUGGGCGCCCCGGCCCCGCUCCUGAAGGGGCUCAGCGCUGAAGAUGGAUGACUUGGCUCUGCUGGAGCUGCUGGAGUGUCCCGUGUGCUUUGAGAAGCUCGACGCCUCAGCCAAGGUGCUGCCGUGCCAGCACACGUUCUGCAAGCCGUGCCUGCAGAGGAUCCUCAAGUCGCAGAAGGAGCUGCGGUGCCCCGAGUGCCGGACCCUGGUGCUGGGCAGCAUCGAGCAGCUGCCCUCCAACCUGCUGCUCAUUCGCCUCCUGGAUGGAGUCCGGUGCGGGCAGAGGGUGGCCAGGUUCGGCUCGAUGCAGAGGUCGGGGGUCCUGUCGUCCCCCGCCUCCAUCAGGAGGGUCCCCCGGGGGCUGCAGCUGCAGCAGCACCGGCUGGCAAACAGCACCAGGAUCCACACGGACGGGGUGCCCCGAGCCAGGGCGCUGUACACGUUCAGGGGGCACAACCCCGGCGAGCUGCGCUUCAACAAGGGCGACACGAUCGCGCUGCUGCGGCGGCUGGACGAGCACUGGUACCUGGGCGAGCUGCGGGGCAGCAGCGGCGUGUUCCCCGCCAGCUCCGUGCAGGUCAUCCAGCCCCUGCCCCUGGCCCUGCCCCUGGCCCUGCCCCGGGCCCUGCACCGCCCGCGCCCGCGGGGCGGCGACAGCGGCGACAGCGGCGACAGCGGCGACAUCCUGAGCCUGCACAAGCCCGGCAGCCCCGCCCAGCUCCUGCAGGCCACCAAGGGCCACUGGUCGCCCCAGCCCAAGGGCUCAGCCCUGGCAGCGGGGUCCCCCAAGGGCAAGGGCGGCUCGGCGCCGUUCCCCAAGGAGUGCGAGCCCCGGAGGAAGAGCCUGCGGCAGUUCUCCAUCACCACGGCGCUCAACACGCUGAACCGCAUGGUGCACGCUCCCGCCGAGCGCCCCGCGCUGCGCAUCAGCUCCCCCGUGCUCAUCAGCUCCAGCAACCCCAGCGUGCCCACCGCGGGCAGCGAGAGACCCUGCGGGACCCCCGCGCAGGUCAGCGCCUCUUCCCACCCCUCAGCAGGAGCCCUGGGGCCCCCGGCUGCCAUCGUCACCCUGCCCCACCUGCAGCAGCAGGGGCCAGCUUACCUGUGCGUGGCGCUGCGCCCGUACGCGGCGCACGGCCCCGCCGAGCUGCAGCUGCGCAGGGGAGAGGGGCUACGUGUGCUCGGCACGGAGCAGGACGGCUGGCUGCGGGGCAUGUCCCUGCUCACCGGCAGGGUCGGGCUCUUCCCCAGCAGCUACGUCGCUCCCCUCUUCAGGAAAUCGAGCCUGUCCGACUCGAAGAUGCCCUCCCUGUACACGUCCUGGACGCUGUCCAGCGCUUCGCUCUCAUCGCAGGGCAGCGCGGCGGAGCCGGGCCGGCAGAGCCGACACACAAGGGACCCCCAGGGCCAGGCUGAGGACUGUAAGGUGAUGGAAAGGGGGAAAAGAUCUAUUUACACCAAAGUUACAGCCAAAAGAGAUCUUGGAGAAGGAGUCAACAGAAGUUCCCUGAUCCUUUCCAUGAACAUGACCAAGCAGGGAGUUCCAUUGUCUCCUUUCUGCAUCCAGCCCAGGAAAUGCUCCAAUCAAACAUUACAGCCAGGUCACUACCACUGA